CUGGGAGGCAUUCUCUGCCUCCCUUCUCAGCAGGGUUUUCUAAAAGUAGACAAAUGAUACAAGCGUAAAGUUAGUUGACCUUAAAUCAGUUUUAUGGCUGAAAUCCUGGAGUAAACUUACUUCUCAUGCCAAUUAAGCAUUGUACAAGUACCUUAGUGAAAUCAUUUUGUCCUUUUUGGUGUCUGACUUGUUUAUUUAAAUGCUGCUUUUAAAUUAUAGUGAAUGCAGUUUACUGUUAGAAAUGUGUGUUGGCUGUAGGCAGCUCUUGAUGGACAGUAGAAGUUUUUGUUGAUAUAUUCAACUUCACCACUUUUCUGUAUGGGUUUCUGACCUAUGAUAAACAGAAAAUUCCAUCCUGUAUUUCUGUGGUUGGAUGUUUAGGAAGGAUGACAACUUCAUUCAUCAAACAGUUUUCAACUUUGAAAAUUUCACUGCCUUUCACUUUUUUUGAAGAGUUAUGUAAUGGUGACUUUUAGAAGAGAAAGUAUGAAUGCUGGAUCAGUUUUCCUGGUUCUGUUUGGGUUGAUAGGUUCUGUUUUGGUGCUUUGAGGUUUUUGUUUUGUGUUAAAGCUCUUUGGGUGACUGUGUAAUGAACACUGCUGACUGUUCCCGCAGCAGUGCUGCGUUUACGUUGAGUGGUUAAAUUCCAGCUUUGGACCCGCCUUCGGGGGAGUUGGCACGGUGGUGGGGACAAGGAUGCGCUGUUCAGUAGUGAUGUGAAUGAGAAGCUGUGCUCUCUGGGCUGGGAAAGCUAAGGUUUCACACUUAGUAAAGAGAUCCAAGUGUGGUCACUUAAGCACAUUUUAAAAUACUUUGCGAUGUCUCAUUCAAAGCCAAUACAGAAAUAUUUGGAUCCCGUUAUGCAAUGUUGAGAUGAGUGUUUCCUUUCUGCUUAUUAAAAUAUUGCAUAGAUUUCAGCUCUUCUUACCAGUGAAUUGAAGAAUUAGACAUGACAACAAUGGGGGUACUGCAAAGCUAAAGUUAAGAUGUUUCAGCAGAAUCUCGGUUUUAUUGGUAUUUUAGUUUGGAGUUAAACCAUUAAAACACAUCUGCAAAAUAGAUUAGGCUUACUCCAUUCCGGUGUGACGGGAAGAUCAACCAAAGUGCUGCGGUAUACGUUUUUGCCAGACCUCCAUGUCCCUUGUGUUAAGAUUUCUCUGGAGCGAAGCUUGCGUCAAACCAACCCAGUUGGCUUCUAGUCUGCAAAGCUGUUAAAUUUAAUCUUGUUCCAGUUUAAUUUUAAUGUCAUGGAUUGAAAUUAUAUGCGUGGCCAUUUCUCUUUUUUGCGAAGAGUUGGAUUUGGAACGAAAGCAAAAUGGCUCGAGGACGCAAGAGCAAUAGCAUCAAACAGAGCGACUUCACUAACAGCACCAAUCCGCAGGAUUUAGAGAGAAGACUUUUUGUCGGCAAUUUGCCCACAGACCACAUGACUCGUGAAGAAAUGGAAGAGAUAUUUUCAAAAUAUGGCAAAAUCAGGGCCCUCAGCAUGUACCAUGGCUAUGGGUUCGUGCAGUAUGACCGUCUAGAAGAUGUCCAGGCCGCUCUGGACGGUGAGAAGGGUCGCCUUUAUAAAGGGUAUAGAUUAGAUAUUAAUAAAGCAGCGGAAAGAAGAAAUAUGAAUAAGGCUUCAUCAAGGUCCAGUCCGGCACGAAGAGAGCCAUAUGCCUACGGGGAUGGCCGAGAUACCAGACGCGAUCGCUCCCCUCUUCGGGGGAGCCCACGGAGAGAUCCCAGAGAUGGCAGGGAUGGUAGAAACGGACGCGAUUCCAGAGAUGCUCGAGACAUUCGAGCUAGAGACAUGCGUGACGCUAGAGACCACAGGGACCCACGGGACCUGCGAGACCUUCGAGACCCCCGGGAUAUCAGGGAUCCAAGAGACUUACGGGACCCUCGUGAUGUUAGAGACUUUCGUGACCCACGGGAGCCGCUGUAUGAUCGAUACAGGGACCCACGGGAUAUGAGGAGUCCACGAGACAUGAGGGAUCCACGUGAUGCAAGGGAUCCGCGGGAUAUGAGAGACCCUCGGGACCCUCUGUACAGGCGAGAUGAAACUUAUGACCGUUACCUUCGCCUUGAAGACUACUAUCGGCGGAAGGAUGACUCGUACUAUGACCGUUACAAAGAGCAUUUUGAUAGAGCACCGGUGAAUUCAGAAGACCGUCUCAAGCGUGAGGAGCGACGGCGAGAGGAGCUUUACCGUCAGUACUACGAGGAAAUCAAGAGACGUUUUGAUGCAGAGAGACCUGUGGAUUGUUCUGUGAUAGUGGUGAAUAAACAGACAAAGGAGUACGCGGAGUCAGUGGGGCGGAAGGUGCGGGAUCUGGGCAUGGUGGUGGACCUGAUCUUCCUCAACACAGAGAUGUCACUGACGCAAGCCCUGGACGAUGUGAGCAGAGGAGGGUCUCCUUUUGCCAUUGUCAUCACUCAGCAGCAUCAAGUUCACCGUUCUUGCACUGUUAACAUCAUGUUUGGAACCCCACAAGAACACCGCAACAUGCCACAAGCUGAUGCCAUGGUGCUGGUGGCAAGGAAUUAUGAGCGCUACAAAACAGAGUCACGGGAGAAGGAGCGUGAAGAAAUAGCCCGGCAGGCUGCCAAGAUGGCAGAUGAGGCUGUUCUGCAAGAGCGAGAGCGCCCACCCCCUGUGGAGGAGGGGGCCAGAGGGGGUCACCCUCCGGGGAUUCAGACUCUCUUGAACCUUCUGGCAGACAAUCGCUAUCUGACUGCUGAGGAGACUGAUAAAGUAAUUAAUUACUUGAGAGACCGGAAGGAAAGGUUACUUAGGGGAAGCACUGAUUCUCUGCAGGCACCCAUGUCAAGACAGUCUCUGGGAGCACCUUCAGCAUCAUCUCUGGGCAGUCAGUCCAGCCUUCCAAGCGCUCAGGCUCAUCAGGGUUCACAGCCUCUGGUCUCCGCUCCUUCUGUUCCAGUGUCCUCUGCUAAUCCUCAGCAGGAGCUUCAGGCAAAAAUCCUCAGUCUCUUCAACAGUGGGGCGGCAGCAGCUGCUGUAGCAAACAGCAGUUCUGCAACCUCUGCGGGUACAUCGGGUGGCACUCCGAGUCAGAACUUCGCUAGCAUGGCCAGCGGUCAGGCCCGAUCAGCACAGAUGAGUGCUGGAAAUUUAAACCAGGCUCAGCAGAGAUUGCAGACUCCAAGCGCACAGCUUCCUGCUCUCCAAGGCCCUUCAAGAAAUGCAGGUCCAAGACCUGGAGCUCCUCCGCCAGCUCAGGCACUCUAUGGCCAGCACCAGAAUCGCCUCCCUGCCCCUGGCAGUGUACCUGCUCAAAGGCCAGUAUCGUCUGGUAUCAACUUUGACAACCCUAGUGUACAGAAAGCCUUGGACACCCUUAUCCAGAGUGGUCCUGCACUCUCCCACCUAGUGAGCCAAACAGUGGCUCAGGGGCGAGCAGGGACCUCUGCCCAGCAACCCAUGGGUUCCUACCAGCGACACUAUUAAAGCUGAGCUGUCAAGCCCUUUCCCCUUCCCUUUGCCAUUCCAUACUUAUAGCUGUUUAAAAAGUCUCCUGUUCUUGACAUGGGACAAAUGCCCCUGGAUAUGCAUGUCCUCUCCACUUUGGUGAGAGUGUACUCCCAGUGGCAUUGCUGCUGAGUAUUGCUAGUGCUGCCCUUCCUCACUUUGGUCUGGAUAGCAGUGUUCGGAGAAGUAUAUUUUUUCUCAGUGGCAGAAUAUGCUGAGAGCCACUGUGGGUAAUUGAUUGUUCUGUCUAAGCACAGAAGCUGCUGCAAUGACGGUCCUUCUGCUUUUUCUCACUCCCAUUAGCCGGUGCAUCUUCACCAUGCAAUGCGGUCUGGUCUCACCAAAUGGUCUUAGCACAGUUCUGGGUCAGUGGUUUUGAGAAAAUGAGGUGGGACUGAACAGAGUGGUACCCUGACAGGGCCCUCUGUAGAUUAAUCUUUUUGGAAGGGGCACUAUUUUUCUUUGGAUUUCUUUUUUCAUUUUUUUUCAAUGUCAUGUAAACCAGUCUGAGAGAGAAAAUACAGUGGUAGCACUAGCAGCUGAAUUCAUGUAGCACGUGCCUGACCAUAACUCCAUAAGCCACGACAGUACCAUUCAGUGCUUCUGUAGCUGGGUUGUCCUGUCCUGGUGGAGUGAGUCUGACAAAUGCUCCUCUCCUCACCCAGCACAUGGAGAAUGGCAGUUUUGGUCCAAGCACAGUGGUGGAUCGGAAACACAAGAGCCUCUGGGUGAGGCAGAGAUUUCAAGUGUUCAGUUGAUUUUCCUACACCCAAGCCAAGUCGUCAAUUUUAAGUUCAAUAUAUUAAAUUUGGUAUAUAAAUUUCCUUUUCUUAUAAUCUUGCUUCGGCACAGUUGGUUACUGUAGCCCCAACAGCUCAGCAACACUAAUGUGCUGCUGGACCUGUCUUGCAAAUACCUGCAGCCAGUUAUCAGGUGGUGAAUGUCUGCUCUCAGAAACUUCAUCUGUUAGUUGGUGUUUUGUCCAUCUAAUGUGGAGAGGCAGUGCCAACAUGCAAUACUAUAAUUUUAUACAUUUUUCAACGCUUUGGUAGCUGCAGUGGACAGUUGAGUGGAAAAUCGGGCAGUGAUAUUUCACCGUGUUUUUAACCAGUAACAUAAUUUGAUACCAGAAUACAAAACUUCUCUAUUUUGUCCUGCCUUGCACAGUCUUUGUGGAGUCUGUAGGCUUCCUGCAGAACCGAAAGAAUAAGAAAGCAACGUUUUGAAGCAGAGGACUUUUUUUUUUUUGUCCUAGGUGGUUUGUGUUGUAGCAUUUUUUUUUCUUUCUGUGCUGUUAACAAAAGGACAUUACUUUUUAAUAAAAAGACAGGAAAAACAUGUUGUUGCAUUGUUGAUGCCUAACAGCUUGAUUACUGCUGGAAUACAUUAUUCCACUGCGUUUGCCAUUACCUUCUUCCAGGUAAGCUGCUUCAGACGAUGCCCAGUGCUGGAUACAAAAUGGAAAGUGAACAAACCUUACCAUGCCCUUCUGUGAGAAUACUGUGGUCUGUCUCAGUUUAUAAUACUUCGGUACUUACUGCCACUCACUGGACUUGGACACUGUGGAGCAGAUCAGCCCAUGAGCUUGUUCAGGGACCAGCAUGUUGGGGCUGUGUGUGACAGGGGCCAAUGUCAGAGGCCCAAAAGUUGCUCUAGCUGCUGGGGGCCUCCCGCAGCCCAGUGACCAGGGGGCCCAGUGCUGGAGCUGCACUUGCUGUUAAUUGAACAGCUACUGCUUAAAGCUGAAGCUACCACUCCCUGUGCAUUUUAGCACCAGCCUCCCUUUGUGCUGCCAUUGUUAGACAACCUGCAAUUAAAUAGA